AUGUCCCGCACUGGGGCCAGCCUGAUGGAAGCUGUGGGACCCCUGCACGGAGCCUUGGCCCCCACCGCCUCCACUGUCCUGGAGUUCAAUGUGGCCUCUGAGGCUCUCAUGAGGGGCUGCCAGUCCCCUGCCCCAGGGCCUGAAGCUACAGAGAGCCCGCCCUCAGAAGGAGUGGAAGGCCAAGGAUGCUCAGAGACCCCGUGGGGAGAGUCGAGGGAUGCGAGCAGAAGCCCAGCCGAGAUCAUGCCCCCAAACCCUGAGGACAGCUCUGAGGACAAGGCGACCCGCCUGGAGACCCCCGAGACCCACCAGGAGACUCUUGCAGCCAAGCACUCAACAGCCGAUAGCCAGGCCAGGACACUCACUGCCCUGGAGCUCUGGGGCCACCCGGUCCCAUGGGACAGUGUGGACCUGGUGCCCAUUCCCAGUGAGCUGGGCAGCAGGUCGGAGGCCGAACUUGUGGCCUGGGUCCCUGGGCACCCAGAUGAGCUGGAGGACGCAGACCGUCCCGUUGCACCCAGCCCUGGGCCAGCCUGUGGAGAGCACCCUGUGAGGACCCCACAGGAAGGGCGAGGGCCAGUGGGGUGUACGCACCCCCAGGGGGUGCAGGAAGCACCCGAGGCGCAAGUCCACGGGAGGAGGGGGCAGCAGGGACAGGAGAACAUGCAGGCUCUGUGGCUGGGAGGCCCGACUCCUGGCCAGCGGGAUCAGGGGGAAGGCGGGUGGGAGCCCCAGGGUCUGAGGCCUGGGGGCUGCCGGUUAGAGGGGUUGCUGCUGGGGCUGGAGGAGAGUGGCGUGGAUGCAGAGCUUGUGGGGAAGCCAGGAGGGGCACCUGGGAAGCAGGCAGACCAGGCUCUGGGUGGGCAACCGAUCCCAGCAGAGGGGUGGGAGGAGGAGGCAGGGGACUGGGCUGGGGACGGGCUCGGUGCCAGUGGAGAGCAGGCAGAGCACGGGGGGCCCCCUACUCCGGCUCCCAUGGCCCCAGGCAGUCCUCCUCCCUGUGACAUGUCCUCCAAGGCCUCUGGCCCCGUAACCGGGGCUCCUGGGCCUCAGGUAGGCCCCCAGGCUGAGGAUGUGUCUCCCCUCGCUCUGACCCUUGGCCCAGAGCCAGAAUGGUCCCAUCUGCCCAUGGCCGCACUCAGCCUCUCCCCCGUUGAGGCAUCCCCUGACGAUGAAAACUCUCAGGAAGGCCAGCGAGAGGGGCCUGGGGCCUGGGAGGACCCCUCCAGUGUGUCAGGGACACCUCCACAGACACUGGCCUCAGGCCCCAGCUGUCCUGCUCAGAUCUCCCCAUGUCCCAACGCCUCCCUGCCCGCCGGCCCCAUGGGGGAGGCCCUUCUUGCUACCUGGCCUCCGGCGGCUUCCAGGGCCUCUCUCUCCAGGGAUGGGCCCCCCCAGAUGUCCACGACUGCCCCCCAUGGCUCCCCUUUAACAGAGGAUGCCUGGGACCUAUGCCCCAGCCCCACAGGGUCCCCUCCACACAGCCCUCCAACCACCCCCUCGGGGGUCACCGUGCAUCUGAGGAGCAACUCCUUCCCCGGCCCCCACCGGACCGAGCUCCCCCCCGAGCUGCUGGCCAGGUCGCUUUCUUUCUCCCACUCGGAGCCCCCCCAGAGGCCCCCCAAACCCGCCAUCUAUGGCUCUGUGGCCCCGAGGAGGCCCAGGAGGAGUAGCAGGGAUGGCAGCAGCCCCCUGGGAUCCCCAGCAGCGGGUGACACUUUGGGGCAGGUCCCGGAGUCGCCCACCUCCCCACCUUGGACCUGCGAGCACUGCUCAGCCCCCACCCCACCCCUGGACUCUAUAGAUGGGAGGGGCGAAGAGCCCCCCCCACCCCUGGUGAAGAGGCACUUUCGGUCCCCCACAGGAGAGCUAGACUCCUGUCCCCGGGUGACAGGCCCCACACCACAGCGACACAGUCACCCACCCACUGUGGCCCUCAGCUCAGGGCCCCACAGGCCCCCCAAGGGCCCACAGGAUCCCCUUGUGGCAAGAAAGCUCCGGCGUCUGCCCUCCGCCCCAGAUGCCCCCCACCCUGCUCAGACCUCUCUGCCCCCCAGGCCCAGAUACAACAAGCCUUUGCCCCCCACACCCGAUCAGCUUCAGGCCCCGCCUCCCCCCAGCCCCCCCUCCAGGAGCUUGAGGACCUAUAAGCCGCUGCCACCCCUCCCCACCAUGGACCCUCCCUCUGAGCCACCCCCUCUGCCCCCGAAGGCCAGGGCCAGGAGCAGGGGCUCUCAGGGGGUACUCAUGAAUGCCACAGGCCAGGCCAGGCCUGGGGGUCAGGACUGGCCAGCACCUCCAGCCCUCUCGGCUGGCCGCACCUCCUGGCCCCCUGCCGCCAGCCAGUCCACCGACCCCUUGGUGUCCGCCAGCAGGGGUAGGAGCGACGUGGCCCCUGGCCUGGCCUUCACCAACGUGACAAACCUUCUGAGCCCCUUGUCCCCCUCCACUGCCUGGCCCCCAGAGGAUGGGUCCUGGCUCCCAGAGAAGGUAGGGGACCCCAUCCAGGGACCCUCCAAAAGAGCGGUCCCUCAGGAGGGAGCCAGCAGCCCUCGAGGACUGUCAGAGAGACCCAGCCACCCCCUGCUGGAGAAGGCUUCCAGCUGGCCCCACCGGCGAGACCCAGGCAGACCGCCGCCAGGUGACAGCAGGCUGGCCCCCGGGGAGGCGCAUGCUAAGAGCAAAGGCUGGAACCGGCAGGGCCUGCGCCGGCCGUCCAUCCUGCCCGAGGGCGAGGGUGCAGCAGAUAGGAGAGGGGUGGCCAUGGAGCAGUGCCCUGGCCCCUCAGACACCAUCGUCCUCCGGGAGAAAAAGCCAAAGGAGGCGACAGGCAGCUUCUCCAGACGCUGCUCGAAGCUCAUCAACUCCUCCCAGCUGCUGUACCAGGAGUACAGUGACGUGUUCCUCAACAAGGAGAUCCAGAGCCAGCAGCGGCUGGACAGCGCGGCCGUGUCCCCUGCACUCGCAUCCCCCCGGCAGCCCCGCAAGGCCCUGGCCUCCUCAGAGUCCUACCUGCAGCGCCUCUCGGCGGCCUCCAGCGGCUCCCUGUGGCAGGAGAUCCCGGUGGUCCGCAACAGCACGGUGCUGCUCUCCAUGGCCCAUGAGGACCAGAAGCUGCAGGAGGCCAAGUUUGAGCUGAUUAUCUCUGAGGCCUCGUACCUGCGCAGCCUGCAUGUGGCUGUGGACCACUUCCAGCUGUCCACUUCACUCCGGGCCACGCUGUCCAACCAGGAGCACCAGUGGCUCUUCUCCCGUCUGCAGGACGUGCGUGACGUCAGCACCACGUUCCUGUCCGACCUGGAGGAGAACUUCGAGAACAACAUCUUCACCUUCCAUGUGUGUGACGUGGUCCUGAACCAUGCCCCCCAUUUCCGCCGGGUCUACCUGCCCUACGUCACCAACCAGACCUACCAGGAGCGCACCUUCCAGAGCCUGCUGAAUGGCAACAGCCACUUCCGAGAGGUCCUAGAGAAGCUGGAGAGCGACCCCAUCUGCCAGCGCCUGUCCCUCAAGUCCUUCCUGAUCCUGCCCUUCCAGCGAAUCACCCGCCUCAAGCUGUUGCUCCAGAACAUUCUGAAGAGAACACAGCCAGGCUCCUCAGAGGAGGCAGAAGCCACCAAGGCACACCACGCCCUCGAGGAGCUGAUCCGAGACUGCAACAGCAACGUGCAGAGGAUGCGGCGGACAGAGGAACUCAUCUACCUGAGCCAGAAGAUCGAGUUCGAGUGCAAGAUAUUCCCUCUGAUCUCGCAGUCCCGCUGGCUGGUGAAGAGUGGCGAGCUGACAGCCCUGGAGUUCAGCGUGUCCCCAGGGCUGCGGAGGAAGCUGAACACGCGCCCUGUCCACCUGCACCUCUUCAAUGACUGCCUGCUGCUGUCCAGGCCCCGAGAGGGCAGCCGGUUCCUGGUGUUUGAUCACGCCCCCUUCUCCGACGUCCGCGGGGAGAAGUGUGAGAUGAAGCUGCAUGGUGCUCACAAGAACCUCUUCCGGCUCUUCCUGAUACACAGCGCCCAGGGGGGCCAGGCCGAGUUCCUCUUCCGCACGGAGACUCAAAGCGAGAAGCUCCGGUGGAUCUCAGCACUGGCCUUGCCCAGAGAGGAGCUGGACCUGCUGGAGUGUUAUGACUCCCCGCAGGUGCAGUGCCUUCGCGCCUACAAGCCCCGUGAGAAUGAUGAACUGACGCUGGAGAAGGCUGACGUGGUGAUGGUGAUGCAGCAGAGCAACGACGGCUGGCUGGAGGGCAUGAGGCUCUCUGAUGGGGAGCGGGGCUGGUUCCCCCUGAAGCAUGUGGAGUUCAUCUGGAACCCGGAGAUUCGCACACGGAACCUGAGGGAAGCGCAGCGCGUCAAGACCGCCCGACUGCAGCUGGUGGAACAGCAGGCCUAG